AUGGUCUUCCCACAAGAUUCAUCAGGCUUGUAUUCCAGUUCAUUUAGUAUCAUGGGUGUUCAUGAUGAUACACAUAAAGCAAAUCUUAAGGCUUAUGGAGGAAUGUGUAUGGAUUGUGUGAAUGAAGCAUUCAGAUCGAAAUAUCUGAAAACCCCUGAAGAACUUUUGCAACAUAAGUUCAAGGAUAGCCUAUUCCGUGUGCAACCUUGGGCGUUGAUGACCAAGUUGAGGCCUUUCGUUCACACUUUUCUGAAAGAAGCAAGUACCAUGUUUGAAUUGCAUAUGUGUACAAUGGGUAAACGAGAUUAUGCAUCAAAAAUGGUUGAGUUUCUUGACCCUGAAAAAGUUUACUUCAAGUCCAGAGUUAUUGCACGUGAAGAUUUAGUUGACUCAGAAGAGAAGAGUCUUGAUCUUGUGCCAAGGUACAAACGUAUGGCUAUUAUUCUUGAUGAUAACCUGCAUGUGUGGAAACAUGAUCAAUCAAACUUGAUUCUUGUUCAGAAAUAUUUUUACUUUAAUUCAAAAAGUGCCAAGAGUAUUGCAUCUUUUUCUGCAUUGAACACUGAUGAAGAUGAGACCACUGGCGUGCUCGCCACCAUUCUUGAAAAACUUAAACUAAUCCACAGACUUUUUUUCAACCCAAAAUCCAAGGGUGGUCUUGUGCAUAGAGAUGUUAGAUCGAUACUUGCAAACCUUAGGGUACUCCAAGGAUGUAAAUUAACCUUCAAAGGUAAUUUUCCCCCGAGUUUGAAGCCAGAAAAUUCGUGUCUUUGGUUGAUGGCAGAGGAGUUGGGAGCAAUUUGUUCUAUGGAUGAUGUUCUUACCCCCUUCACACAUGUGGUCACUUGUGCUGCCACAGCAGAGGAGUCUCAGCAGGCAGAGCUGGACAAAACUAUUUUGGUCCAUCCAAGGUGGUUACAUGCUUGCUACGAUGCAUGUAAAAGGUAUCCUGAAAAAGAUUUUCAGGUUGAGCUGAAAAACUAG